AUGGCCGCCGCCACAAUGACGGCCCACCACGUCGACGACCUCAUCGCCUCCGACCUCUCGUCCCAAGACAACGACGACGAAGCGCGCGCCUCCUUCGACCGCGAAGACGACGAUCUCCCCGAACUCCCGAUCGACGAGCACAGUCUUCUGAACGAAGACUCGGCCCUCGACUACUACCGUCACCAAGAUCCUUCCGACCCCCACCACCCCGAGCACUUUGAUGAGCGCCAGAUGCGCAAACACUUUAUGGAUGUCGAGUCCAGCUUCCUGCCUGAUGUUGCGCCCGCGCCCUUUGCGCAGCAGCAUGACGGUACGGCGGGCGUGGAUGAUACAUAUUUAGAGCUGGGGAAGCCGGGCCACACGCCGCCGCCGGAUGAGAUGUUUGCCAGCUUGUCGGGCAGGAGGGCGUCGGCGAAGUACUUGAGGACGAGCAAGUCGGAUAGUCCGUCGGAUGUGCAUCAGAUGUCUAUUCCUCCGGAGGAGCAAAGGGAGGAGCAAGAGGAUGAUGCGGACUACAGUGGUGCUACCUGGUCAUCACCGGCCGCCGCUGCUUUUCGUCGCACUCAUGACCGCAAUGCGUCCACUGGCAGCAGUGGGAAGAAGGCUCAGAAUAACUCCCGUCCUACAACUCCAGCCAGUCAACGCCCGACCUCCAAGGGUUCUACGAUUCGCGCCGGCUCCGCGAAGACCUCACGUGAUGCGACGCCGAAAGAAGCCGGAGACGAAGCUGCGCAGGACUCCAGCUCGACACCUGCUCGCUUUGCCGCCAGGCGCGCAUUCUUGAAGAGCCGCCAUGCGAGUCAAAGCUCCAUCUCCUCGCGAGGUACGGAGUCCGAUCUCUCUGGAAGUGAUGCGGCUGUCAAUGCGGAUUAUGCGCUUCAGGCAGGCGGCGCAAUGCCCGCCGAAAGCCUGCUUGGAAGAAGUCGCCGAGAUCAUAUGGCGCGCCUACCUAGUUUCGGCAGCCUGGGCUCGUUGACAGAGCCAGAGACUGAUAGCGCACCUUCUACCCACCGAGGCAUCGGCGUAACCCCAAACUUGGGAGGCUUUAGGGGCGGUCGACUGAAUGACGAUCGCCCAGAGACGCCUCGCGCCAGUAAUGGCCGCGUUGAAUUUCCCACGGACACUGUUAUAGCACAACAUGUCCAGAACAUUCACGUGCCGGACACCAUCGCGAGGGACUUUCGCGCUAUGAACCCCUCCUUCUCGCCCAACAAGCAGCAGCGGCCUCUGUCGUCCGGUGGUGCUGGCUCUAACCUGGCCCAAGGCGGACCGCGGAGGACUCUCACGCUCAAGGAGCAGAAUAGCAAAAUUGACAAACUCAGCAAAGAGAAUUUCGACCUCAAACUCAAGAUCCACUUCCUCGACCAGGCUUUGCAGAGUCGGUCCGAUGAAGGCGUCAAGGAGAUGAUCGAUAAGAACGUUCAGCUGCAGACAGAUCUCGCGAACGAGCGGAAGGACUCUCAAGCAUUGAGGCGCAAGAUGAGAGAACUUGAGCAGCGGGUCAAAGAGCAGGAGGAGGCUCUUGCGCAGGCGCAGCAGCAGAAGCGCAGCAGGGAAGAGGAGGAAGAGGAUGACCCUACUCUGCAGGCGGAAAUGCACGAGGAGAUUCUAUAUCUACGCCAGCAGCUCGACCACUCCGAGAACCGAGUCACCACGCUUACCGAGGAUGUCAUGACGAAGGAACUGGAGAAGCGCAAGAUGGCCGAACAUAUGCGCAGCAUGGCCGGGCAUCGCGGUCAAGAUACGGCUGGGAUGAAGGAGGCGAUGGAGAUGUGGCAGGAUCUUCUCAACGCCGAGACUGGCCGCCGCGAGCAAGCUGAAGACGAUCUUCGCAAGUUGCGCGAAGAAUUGAGCGCCCUGCGAGUCGAGCGCGCUUCGCCUUCCUUCACCAGGACGAUUGGCAAGCGACGGUCGCUGUACGAUGACAGCCAAGCAGCCGAGUCAGAGUACAGCAACGGCGCCAAUGGCACGACUGGGCGAUCCAGCGCCACCCUCGUCGAGCAGCUGAAGCAUGAAAAUGCCGAACUACGCCGCGACCUCGGCGCGCAAACGAGCAUGCUCACGUCGCGCAACCGCGAGCGAGAACGUUUGCAGCAAGAAAUCGAAGACCUCAAGCUGCUGCAACGCAAGAGCGACGGCGCGCGAUCGAUCGCGGGGGAUAGCAUCUUCGACCGAUCGAUCUCGCGCGCCCAUCAACGUGCUGCUUCGCGUGCUAGCGAGGCUCAGACACAAGUAACGGACACCGAACGAGACGAUUGGGAGAGGAAGGAAGGGCAGCUGCGCGAUCAGAAUGCGGAAUUGCGAUUGAAGUUCCAGGAGCUGGAGCGCACGCAUAGCACCCAUCUCCGCUAUGUGUCGGUGCUCGAGGGCGAUUUCCAGCAGAUGGAGACGGAGCUCAACGAGUCGGCGGAGGAUCUGCGGGCGCUGCAGACGGAGCGCGACGAGGCGUUGACUGCGUUUCAGGAGAAGGAGAGUGAGCUUGAGAAGUUGGAGCGCGAGGCGCUUGCUGAGAUUGAGAAGCUGGAGAAGGAGGCGGAUGGACUUCAGACGCAGUUGCAAGAGGCGCAGAAGAGGCAGCAGAGGACGCAGACGAGAUUGGAGCAUACUACCGAUGGCUACAAGGGCUUGCAGGGCGAGUUGCGAGAGAUUACGCAGAGUGUGCUGAAUCUGGAGCACGAGAAGCAGGCGAAUUUGCGCACGAUCGAAACUCUGGAGCAGCAGCUUGCCGAGACGGAGGAGGAGCUGCAGAAGUGGGAGGCCAAGUGCAAGGAGAUUGAUCAGAAGAAUCGCAAGCUGGAAAUCACGCAGGAGAGCUUGCAUUCGGAGAUUACGUUCUUGCGCGAGGAGCAGGAGGGGGAUAAGAUCAAGAUUGGCGAGUUGGAGGAUGCGCUCAAUGCGGCCCAGCAGAGUAUUCAGGAUGAGCAGGAGAAGCUGCGAGAGAUGGAGGAAGGGAUCGUGGAGGAGCGACAGCAGCGGGAUGUGCUGGAGAACAAGUCCAAGGAUGAAGUGCAGAAGGUGUUGGACGGCCUCAAUGCCGAGAGCCAGAAGACGAAGGAUGAGGUGCGCAAGCUGCGGCGUGGCUUGUCUGCGAAGGAGGUCGAGGCCAGCUCGUGGAAGCAGAAGCUCGAGGAACUUGAGCAGAGCCUGCGAGAUGUGCUUGGGGACCCUGAAGGCACGAAGUCAAGUCUGCUUGCAGAGAUUGAAAAGUUGCAGCGCGAUAUCGAGACGACGGCGAGCAGUCUCGAUCGGACGAAGAUGGACUUGGCAGAUAAGGAGCGUCUACUGCGACAUCGCGAUGGGCUGCUGGAGAGUACGAGUUUGGAGAGUCGUCGCCUUUCCGACUUGCUGGACAAAGAGCGUGCUUCCCGCCGUCACGACCUGGAGCAAUUCGAGCGGUCUUCCCGCGGGCAAGCAACGCAUCUGCGCACCAUUGCGCAGCAGGAAUCUCGCGUGUUGGAAUUGGAAGAGCAAUACACGCAAGACCGACGCCGAAUGGCCGCACUGGACGAGCAGUACCGCGAUCAGCUUACGGAGCGCAACGCCCUUCUCUUCGCGCUAUGGAAUCGCCUCUCCACCCUCUGCGGCGCCGACUGGGCGCAAAACCACAGUCUCGUGGACGGCGAGGUGCCAUCCGUGGACGUGAUUGCACGCCGCCUGCCUGCAUUCAACAAGAACCUCAUCUCCGCCGUCAAGACCGUCGAAGGCCUCAUCGGCAGCUUCAAAGGCCGAAUCCGCGGCAUCGAAAAGGACCUCUGGAAAGACUACCAGACGCUCGAGCACAACCUCGAGAUGCGUAUCCGCCGUAUGGACGCGCUGGAGUCAACGGUAAAAGACACACAGCGAGUCCUCGCCGACGCCGCCGCGGAAAGCGAAGCAGAGCAACAGCAGCGCCCCCCCGUAAGUCGCGGGAGCAGUUUCCGCGGUACUAGGAGCAACGAGGAGCUGGGCAAACUGCGCAGCGAACUCAAAGUGCUGAAAGCGGAGCUGCGCUUGCAUCGCCAGCAUCCCUCCGCCAUGGCGCAGCAGGUGCUGCACCAGCAGUCGCAGCAAGUCAUGGGAGCCGCGGAGCAGGCGCGCCGCUUGUCCACGAGUGCAAGUGGGAAGACGGCGCAGAGUCCGGCGAGGGCGAUAAUGUCGAGUUUGCUGAGACAUCACUCUUCUUCUUCUUCUGCCGUUGUGGAGCAGCAGCAGCAGCAGCGCCAUCUCGAACCCGCGGACGAAGGCGCAGAGCAGCAGCAGCAGCACGUCGUGCACCAGCCUUCCGCUUUCCCGCACAGCCACAGUGAGCAGCGCUGGGUGCACCGGCUGAAAGAGCUGGAGCGGCGACUAAAAGCCGAGCGCGAAGCGCGAUUGCUGGACCGCAAGGGCGCGCGGCAGAGGCUUGAGGAGGGCAGGUUGGAGAAUGAGGAGUUGCGCUCGAUGUUGGAGCGGGAGAAGGCGCGGCGGGAGAUGAUGCUGGGCGAGGGCGAGGAGGGACGGAGUUUGGGGGGCGCGCGCAGUUCUGCGGAGACUGGGAGGGCGCGGCGGGAGUAUGAGGAGGAGGAUGGGCAGGCUAGUAGUGGGGUUGACUGA